GCUCAGAUUUUGUCAAAGAAUCAAUAGGGGUAUUCGGGAUCUGUUGUAUUUGCCAUUGUAUUUUUGUAUUCGUGGUUUCUGUGGUUUUUAUAGUAAAUGUAGUAAAAAUCCAACAACAAAAUAUACAUACCAUUCCAAUACAACAGUGUAAGAAAAUACAAUAGAGCGACCCUAUUGUAAUUGUGGCUUUUGUUUUAUACAUUUCUCACAGCUGAUCACAAUUAAAAAGAUGGCUGAAAUGAUGGACGCUGUAAGUUUUUAUUGCUAAGCUUUUUUUUGUAAAUAUUUUAAUGAGAAGUCUAUUUUACAGAAGUUAAAAAAGGAUAAAAUAAGGCGGCGGGAAAAACCUAAUAAGAAAUGGACAGAAGAAGAAGUGGGACAAGUUCUUAACUAUUUGCAGGAGCAUCCGUCGUUUGAAGUAAUUUGCAGCUAUUCCUAUUUUGUUUGUUUAUAUUUAUUUGUAUGGGACCGACGCCGGCCUGUUAGAGGAACAAGGUAUCGAAAGUAUUGAUCAAAAACUGAGCAAGAUGUGUCCCCAUUAUAAGCGAUUGCAGAGCAUAUUUUUUAAGAGCAAAUCGGCAGACUCGACACAGUACGUGUUCCAGUCCGAAGAUGGUACAACUAAUCAUGGUGAAUGUGAAAUUAUUCAGCAGAGCGAAUAUGACAGUGGUAGUAUGUUCGUUGACGAAAUUGCGACAACGACUGAAAGCAAACAUGAUAAUGUAUUUUAUACGUUGCCGGAUGAUAUCGAAAUUGCAACACCAGUUUUUUCUAAACGAGCUCAAAAUAUAAAUGACAAUAAGGCAGUAGAAUUCGCUGAAAAGAUGAGGAAAUCGGCACCGAAAACAGCAAUUAGCAAAUUAUCUGCACUACAAUCGGAAAGAAAUGAGCUACAAAUGCAACGCUUAGAAUUAGAAAAGGAGAAACACAGAGACUACAUGGAAAGGGAGGAAAAACGGAUAAGUAUAGAAAAGGAAAAGUUUGUUUUGGAAAAAAAAAGACACGAGAAGAUGUUUGAGCUGGAAAAAGAUAAAUUAGCCAUAGAAAAAGAGAACAAUAAGGCUAAAUUAAAAAUUUUGAUUAUGGAGCUGGAGAUGAAGGAGCGGCUAGCUCGUUAUGAGUUAGAACUAAAAUACAAUCAGUAAAACAGAAGCUAAGUUUUUUUCAGAAAACAGAAACCAAAAAUUACACAUUUUCUUUUAUUUAUUUAUGGAACAACAAUCUAU